AUGUGGGUUCUGCGAACCCCUAGCCGUUGUCUCUUUCGGAUACCUGUUUCCGAACGAAGUGAAUUGAGGCGGUUGCAAAAAGCAAAUUUUUCGGCCGCUGAAAGCCUGAUAGGCUGGGAGGUCGAUGACGAAACGAAAAUCGGUACGAUCACGUUGCAGGCGCAAGCAACCUACAAUGCCUUGACGGUAGAGAUGGGACAAGAGUUUGGAGCCUUGUGUCACCAGAUUCGCUUGGAUGUCACAACCGGCGGUCAAGAAGUGCAUGCUAUUGUAUUGCAGGGUCAAGGUGACAAGGCUUUCUCGGCGGGAGGCAACUUUGAGUGGCUGCGAUCUUUGAGGAACAAUUCUGUCCAUCACAACGCCGAUCUCAUGUUGCAGUUUUAUCAUUCCUUCCUUUGUGUUCGCAGUAUUCCUGUUCCCAUCAUUGCUGCUUUGCAAGGACCAGCAAUCGGAGCAGGUGCUGGUUUGGCAUUGGCGUGUGACUUGCGUACAGCGGCUCCGAAACGGAAGAUUUUGGGUUUCAACUUUACGAAAUUGGGCAUUCAUGCGGGUAUGGGUGGAUCUCAUUUGCUAGAAGCAGCGCUUGGGGGACCAUCUGCCAUAAUGAAUGAGAUUUUACUGACAGGAAAGGUGCUGAGCGGCGAGGAAUGUUUAGAACGUGGGUUAGUGAAUAGACUCGCUAACGACGCCAAGGAAUCAGCUUACGCAUUAGCUAAUGAUAUUGCGAAGCAGCACCCAUUAGCUGUACGGACUAAUCUACAAACGCUUCGACAAAGUCAAGACAACGGUCUGGAACAGGCCCUACAGCGGGAGGCAUUGGCACAAGCCAUCUGCUACAAUCGGGAGGACUGGGGCGAAGGAAUCGAUGCAGUUGCUGAGAAACGAGAUCCGAUCUUCGAGAUAUAUCACAAAAAGUAAAUUGUCCAAUUCUGCUUC